AUUUAUCUUCGUCCCCAGGCCCUGAUGUGGGUCAUUGACCUGUGCUCGAGUGGGCUAAUCCCCUUAAAAAAAGAUUAUCGUUCCUUUUACCCUUGUCUGUUAUCCAUUAAUUUUUGUCUGCCUUUUUAUUUCAUUUACACACCCAGGACUUUCACUCACUACACCUUACAAUUCACUUAUAAGUUAUAACUGAUCAGUGAGUAAUCAGACUCACUCAUCGCCACACAUUAUCACCCCUCAUCCCAACUCGACAGUUUUAUUCAUUCACUCUCCACUUUGACUUAUCCUUAACCAAAGGAACUGACACCACAAAUAUAGGAGAAAAAGAGUCACAACCCUUAGUAACCUAAUUUUAACAGGACUAUUUAACCUUUAAACUGCCAUCUCCACGUUUUAUAAUUUUACUUUGGCUACGGCCAGACGAUUUUAUUCAGGUUUGGGAAACCUCAAGCAGCCAAAGGGUUAUAUGUGGCUAUGUCAAUAUUUACUUUUUCUGUGACUUUUCCAAAUAACAAUUUCAAACACUUCUUUCCCAACACACUCACCAUUCCCUACACCUUUCAUUCAUCAUUCCAUACUCUACCCAGCACACUCCUCACUUUCACUCACUAUUUUCCACGUUUUCACUCGCCACUCACUACACAUCCAAAAUGGAGAUAAAUAGAUAAGAGGUCUCAUUUUAAGAUCCUGUACGGCAGAAGCUUGAAUGUAACAUAACAUAACAAACACUGGCAGUAACUAAACUCCAUUGGAACAACAAUCCAAACAAUGAAAUGCUGUAUAGCAGGAAAAAGUAUUUCCAAGGAAAUUAUCAGCGUGGGUCACAGGAGACAGAGCGGCGACACUAGUAGCUGUUGUUAAGUUAACUUUAGUUGAAUUUUAUUUUAGAUUUUCGAUUCAUAGUAGUAAUUAUUGGUUCAUUGGUAAUGUUCGUGGUUAUGGUUAUAAAAUUACAGAAGUUUUGGGUGGUGCUCUCACGUCCAAUUUACUUGACCGUCUUGUUCUGACAUCUGGUGGAUUUAAAAAAAAAAAAAAUAUUCUUGGUUGUGGGAAGCUUCAACUUUAAUGUAAGGUUUUGAUUAAAAUAAUAUUACUUUUCACGAUAGUAUAUGUAUUAAUAAAUAAUUUGAGAUGAUUUAAAGUUCAAAUGAAGAUAAAAUAUGAGCUGGGGCGAUGAUUCUUCAGGUGAUCCAAUAUGAGUUCAUAUUAUUUUCUUUGGAAGACAAAUAAAAAAGUUUGUUGAUCCUAAAUCACUUUAUGUAAAACUCCUAGUUCUCCAAGUGGAGAUGGCUUAAUAAGAGUCAAAAUGUUGGCAGAAGAAAGAUAUUAAUUUUUUGCUAACUUUUUCAUUCUUACAUAGGAUGGUUAAUUUUGCCUAUUUCUCCCAAAGUUGAGGUUUGAUAAGGCGAUCCCUGAGAAGCAAAGGUGAUUAAGGUCACUAUUCAUAUAAUUAUAUUAUUUAUAAUCAUUAUUAUAAAUAUAUAUUUAGCAACUGGCCUGGACUUGGCAGAUAUUGGUCGUUAAUUUCCCCAAGAAUUACUGUACUAAUAUCUGUCAAGUUCAGCUGAAUUAUUGUACACUUUCUUGCGUGUGGAUAAGUAUACUCAUAUUAAUAUAAUUAUCAUAAAUUAUUAGCUAAAUUAGAUUUAAUUACUGAGAACUAUGACUACGUUUGUUAAGGGGCUGGUGUUGGGUUCAUAUUUCUCGAGGGUUGAGAGGAGUUGGUGGCGGUACUUACGGUGACGGGAGCAAUGAAUUAACAGUGACAGAAGUUAUUGACAGUAUUAUGUGAAGGUGACAGUGCCAUGAGUAGCUGGCAGUGACAGGUGGAGGUGACAGUAACACAAGAUGACAGUGAUAGGAGAAAAUAACAGCUCACAAACGCCUCUGACUGACAGAAAGAGCUGGCAUUGACAGGUGAAGGUGACAGUGACAAGUGAAGGUGAAAAUGACAAAAUGAGUCGGUAAGUCAUGUCAGGACCACUGGGUGAAGCUGGCGUCUUUGCUGUCAGCUGCAUCACAUCUUAGUGUAUACAAACUAUCUGCAGUUCACCAGCAUCUAAACAAUUGUGCAUAAUGAGAUUUAAAACAUCACUGCAAAAUAAACCGAAGCAUACAGAUCUAGUCUCCUGUGUAGGAUGGGUGUCUCCUGAUGAGGUUUAUUCUUGUGGAGAUGAUCAUCAGCUUCUCCAGUGGAAUUUAGUAUCAACUGAGACAACCAAAUUAUCAGAGUUGCCAUCUGAAUUGUACCCUCUGGACUUACACUGGCUUCCCAAGACAGCUGCACAAAAGACCAAAGUUGGGUCAGAAGUGUUUUUGAUGACAGCAGCUGAUGGGAAGUUUUACAUAGUUGGACGCAAUGGUCGUAUUGAAAAGUCAGUAGAAGCUCACCGUGGUGCAGUGCUGACUGGUCGCUGGAGCCACGAUGGAGCUGGUCUUGUUACAGCUGGUGAAGAUGGUUUGGUGAAAAUCUGGUCUCGAAGUGGAAUGUUACGAUCAACGCUUGCACAAGCAUCAGUUCCAGUGUAUGGUGCGGCCUGGGCCCCUGAUUCAGAUGCUGUUCUCUAUACAGCUGGUACAACCCUUAUUAUCAAACCACUAGCACCAAACUCUAAACCUAUCCAGUGGAAAGCUCAUGAGGGAAUAAUCUUGAAGGUGGCCUGGAACCCCAAUACUGGUAUGAUCCUGUCAGGAGGGGAAGACACUCGGUACCGUGUUUGGGAUAACUUUGGUCGCCAGCUGUACUCCUCUGCCCAACACCAUCAUCCUAUUACUGCUCUUGCUUGGUCACCUGAUGGCCAGCUUUUUGCAGUUGGCUCAUUUAACACACUUCGGUUGUGUGAUAAAGCUGGAUGGUGUCACUCACUGGAAAAACCCACAACAGGAAGUAUCUUCAAUCUUGCAUGGUCUAGUGAUGGCACACAAGUUGCUGGUGCUUGUGGUAAUGGUUUUGUUAUCUUUGCACAUGUCAUUGAAAACCACCUAGAAUGGAAGAAUUAUGAAGCAACUGUGACAAGCCGUAAAACAAUUGCACUACGUGAUGUCACGAAUGAAGCUUGGGAGAAACUAGAACUCAGAGAUCGCAUAAUUAAAGUUUCUUUAUCACAUGGCUAUAUGGUUAUAGUAACAUCAACUCAAGGUUAUAUAUAUUCCACACGCAACUGGAAUACUCCCUUCAUCUUUGAACUAAAAGAAUCGAAUGUCAGCCUCAUUGUUCAGGCUGAACGACAUUUCCUUUUAGUGGAUGGUGGAAGUGUGUAUGUUUACUCAUAUGAUGGGCGUGUGCUGUGUGCACCACGCUGGCCAGGAAUGAGGACAGAUGUACUGAAUAGUCGCACUGUAUCAUUAUCAAAUGAUACAUUGGCCAUUCGAGAUAAGACAGACGAGAAAAUGGUGCAUCUGUUUGAUGCUGGAACAGGUAAAGCUCUGAAUGAUGGCAAACCAUGGUCUCAUAAGUUAGAAAUCAUGGAAGUGGCCUUAGAUAAGGUUGGCACAGCCCAUGAGAGGCGCAUGGCGGCUGUUGAUCGUAAUCGAGACCUCUUUUUAGUCACUCUGCAGCGGGUAGGUACCAUGGGAAGAGCAGUCAAACUUGGUGGGAUGGUACAAUCUCUUUGUUGGAAUGAUGGAGCCAAUAUGCUUGCUGCUCUUCAGGACUCCAAGUUCACAGUGUGGUUUUACCCAGCAGUUGUGUUUGUUGAUCGUGAUCUACAGUCACAAACAAUGCUUGAGAAAGAUGCUGCUGAAUAUGGAAAAAAUGCUGUGAUUGACAGUUUUCUAGAUACAGUUGUGACAAUGCGGCGUGCAGAUGGUAGUUUGGUAACUACUAAUAUUUCCCCAUAUCCAGCAUUACUUCAAAACUAUGUUUCUACUAAACACUGGGAUGAUGCUGUUAGAUUAGCAAGAUUUGUUAAAGAUGAUAUUGUGUGGGCAUGUCUGGCAGCCAUGGCUACAGCCAAUAAAGAACUUAAUACAGCGGAAGUAGCAUAUGCAGCGAUUAAUGAAGCUGAAAAGGUGCAGUACAUUCAUUACAUUAAGGAAAUACCAAUAAAAGAGGCUCGAUCAGCAGAGAUGGCAUUACUGGGAGGCCAUGUUGGAGAUGCAGAAGUCCUCUUGGUUCAGUCUGGUCUUUUUUUCAGGGCCAUUAUGUUGAACCUUAACACUUACAAUUUUGAACGAGCUCUCCAGCUAGCCAUCAGGCACCGAACACAUGUUGAUACUGUAGUGGCUUACAGACAACGUUAUACGGCUCGAUUUAACAAGAAAGAAACCAGCAAACUGUUUUUGCAAUAUGAAAAGCAGGUUGAGAUUGACUGGAAGAUGAUAAAUGAGAAGAUUGAGUUGGAAUACCAGAAAGAGAGAGAGAAACCAACUUCAUCAACACCUAACUUUAAAGAAAUUUGAAUUUUGAGCUUCUGAGGUCAUUGAAAAAUCUAAUGCAGUGUAGAUGUAUUCAUGGAGUGGAGUUACCAUAUUCAUCUCUACAGAGUUUUGAAGAAACUUGGAUGAGUGUUGAGGAAAUUUAGAAGCAGUGGAUUAACUUAUUUGAGAGUUAGUCAUAAAAGGUAAAAUUAAUUGGCCAAGUUAUACAAGUAGCCCUCACACUGUGCAGGUGUUGUGUUAAAAAGAGUUGCAUAAAGAGUCAUUUAUUUCUUUUAUUUAAUAGGGAUGUUUUCCAGGCCAAAAAAAGUGCCUAUACAGUUCUGUAAUUUCUAAUAUUAUUUCAUAUCAAUGAAUAAUUUCCCUGUAGAGAUAUGUCUGACCUUAUAUUUAAGAAAAACAUUAAAAAUAAAUUAAACAAGACUUUACUGGAAUACUGUAUUCACCAUCUUAUACUGUACUGUACGUGUCAUUAUUUUUGAUGAAAGAGAUGUUGAGACACUGUUGCCUGCUUUAUUUGGCCUCAAUACUGCAUUUCACACUGUUUUUUUAAUGUUAAAGCAGUCUUCUUUUGCUUCAUUAAUGCAUAAAUAGAGGUGUUAGGAUGUGCACUAUAGUCUGUUCACUAUAACUUUGCAACUGAAACCCAGGGUCAGUUUGUAGCAAGGCAGGUGAUUGGCUGGUGGACAGACACGUGGAGUCACUAUAGUUCCUUAGUAUUUAAUGUAUCGUAUUGAUAUUCUGAUAUUUUAAGAGGUAAUAACUUUACUAUGUUGAUAUCUGAUGAUUUGUACAUUUAGAGAAACAAAAAUUAGCAUGUAAAAUGCACUUACUUGAGUAAUGGUGACUUAUUUUUUAUCCAGAACAUGCUCAAAACUCUAUCUCUGUAAGCUACAUUUUGUAGUUAUAAAAAUCUAUUGAAACAUUAGGUAAACAUUGUCAAUUCCUGGAUAAUGAAGUUAAUCAUAAAUUUUAGCAAAAUUUCAGAAUACAGUACAGUACAGAGAACCAGGAUUGGUUAAUUAUAAUGGGAGAAUGUGGAACACAAAUGUAGUUCAUCUUUUUCUACAUAAUUCCUUUACCAAGAGAUGGUGCUACUGUAUACAGUACUCUAUAUCUGAUCUGUUUAUUCAGAUUUAAUACACUACUGUUAUCAUCAUAAUUUCAUAUAAAAAUUAUAUAUUUUUUAUGUAGUUAUUGUAUGCUAGUCAUUUCACUGGGCUCCUCUGAGUCUGAACUUUGUUAAAAAAUACAGUAACAAUACAGUACUGUACUCCAAAUAUUUAUGCAGCACCUGUAUCCUCUACUGUAGUUGUAAAUGUUGAAGGGGUUUUCUAAGUCUUCUGUCCAGUUUAGUUAACUAAGUAAAAGAUCUGUAUAAAAUAAAUUUUUUGGGUAAUAAAAGAAAAUGUGUACAGUAUUCUUUUUUAUAUAAUGAUGAGUUGUAAUGGUAUGUACAGACAACUAAAAACAAACAUUUCUGUACACAGUUAUUGGGAGUAUUGACUGGUCAGCAUACCUUGGAAAGCCUGUGUUCACCUGACAAAAUGGAAUACUGUAUUUUAAACUGCAAGAUGUUCCUAGAAUUCACCUUGAAGACUGAAAACAUUACCGGUAUUGGAGAAUUUUAUUUUAGUUUGACUGGGUAUUUACUGUGUUGCUGUAUGGUUUAGUACUGUAUUACAAAUGGGAUAUUUAACAAUACUGAAACUUAGCUUCCUACAGUAUGCCCUUAUUUUAUGUGUUGAAAUACUGUAAUGUAAUUAAACCAAGUUUAUUUUUUA